AUGCAGUAAUAGAUCCAUGGUUGGUUGACUUAUGGACUAAACUAGACACUCUAUAUCCUCUCCCACCUGGUUUAUCCGUACUACCAUAUAAGGAAAGGUUGCCAUCAAGAUUUAAUAUUAAUGCUUAUUCUGCUCCGGUAUCAAAUACUGCCUUGAAGCCUCCUUCUCAAGCAAUACCUGCUCUACUAUUGGACAAUUCUCGUCUUACUCCUUCAUCACAUUUCCAAGAUGUGAGACUAAUAACACUUGAAGGAUCUUUCCCACACUACUCUCCUGGUGAUGUGCUAAUGAUAGUUCCAGAGAAUACUUCAGAGUCAGUUGAGAGGUUCCUUCAAGUGACGGAGAUGACUCAUCUUGCUGAUCUCUCCUUGAAUAUAACAUCAAAUGAAGAAGGUAUCUCAGUCCCCCAGAGACUCUCCUCUCCUUGCACUUUAAGGACACUGCUGAGAUGCUACUGGGACAUCCAGUCUGUACCUAGACGAUCAUUCUUUGAGAUAUUGUCAUGGUUUGCCGUGAACGAGUUAGAGAAAGAGAAACUUGAAGAGUUUGUUACUCCAGAGGGACAGGAGGAGCUGUAUUCAUAUUGUAACAGACCAAGGAGAACAAUUAUUGAAGUAUUAAAUGAUUUUCCUUUGACUGCUACUAAGAUCCCAGUCUCUUAUCUCUUAGACUUACUUCCUGUAUUGCAACCAAGAGCAUUCUCUAUUGCUUCAUCAGCAACAACUAAUCCUCAGCAUGUUCAAGUUUUGGUGGCAGUUGUUGAGUAUAAAACUAAACUCCUUCAUCCUAGAAAGGUAAGUUCUUUAAGAUUCUAUAACCAUAUCCAAUUGUAAAUGGAUAAGUUACAUAAGGGGCUAUUUUGGUUAAU